AUUUGGUCCCUUAGUUAACUUACACAUCUGCACUGAAACACUGCGAUACGCAGGAGUGAGUUCAAGAUGGCAACUGUCCCGCUUCCACGUCUGAUAAACUUCUCAUUGGCAUUAUUUCUGGGUGUGACCACUUUAAGCGGACUGAACUUAAGGCUUUCAGCAAUGGCGCAGGUAGCGUCCAAUAACCAGACAACACAACCCUCCACUGUACCUGUGGCAGCAGUGCCAACGCCCACGCCUGAGGCGGAGGACCGAAUGGAUCCAAUGGGCAGGAACCGCUGCUGGGGGUACUAUGACGUCAUGGGCCAGUGGGACCCUCCCUUCAACUGUAAUGCAGGUGUCUACAUGUUUUGUUGUGGCUCCUGCUUCUAUCGUUUUUGCUGCCAGUACAAAGUCCAGAGUUUGGACCAGACUUCCUGUUCUAAUUAUGACACACCUGUGUGGGCUAACACCGGACGACCGGCCGCAGCCGUUACAGAGGUCCACCAGGAACCAGACCGGGAUCGGACCCACAUGAUUGUGUACAUAAUCUGUGGAGUAGUGGCCAUCAUGGUGCUGGUUGGGAUUUUCACAAAACUUGGACUAGAGAAGAGUCAAGGAGGACAAACGGACAUGACUAACUCCAGAACUCUGACGGAGCUGCUGAAGCAGCCGGGGGAGGCAGGUGUUGUAGAUGGAGCUGGAGUUCAUCAUCCUAUUGGAACCAAUGGCAUCACUGGCAGGACUCUACGCUCCAACAAUGCAUUAGAUCACAACCAUCUGAACAAUGCAGCUUUACCUCCCCUGGGUCCAGCCAUGGCUUUGUCUCACCCCCAUAAUAACUUGGGAAUUGGCUUCAACAAGUACGCCUCGCUCAAGACUCUUGACACAGGUGCAAGGGACUAUUACAAGAGUUACCCAAUGGUAAAUUACACCCAUCGCCAGUCUCCGCCCACCUUCCAACCCGUCAACUUCCAUCCAAAGGACAAGCCCUUCCUCCCACCGCCCGAUGUCCAUGCACCUCUGGCCAUCACCAUCAACGCCUCCCAGGUCCCCAAACCUAAGAUCUCCAAGACCAACACCCAUCCACUCACGUCGAGCUCGGCCUUUAAAGUCUGGGAUCCCAGUAAAAGCCACAUUCAGCACCCGACGGCGGUGCACAUCGGCAUUGGGGGGCAACAGCAUCACCCUAUCCAGCAGCACCAGCCAUUGCAUCAGCAAAACAGCCGGCGUCAGGCCUACUCCAACAAGAGGCAGUUCAGCAUCGAGACACUGCCUGAGCUCUUUUCGCAGCCUCUGGGCUACGGCCACUCUCCUCACAUGCACCCCAAGCACAAGGGACUGCCCACCAACAGUAAGACAGAGGUGACGGUGUGAACAUAGAGGCAAAAACACACAGGUGAAGGUGUGGAUAAAAAAGAGCAGAGUGGAAGGGAAACUCUUUGAUAUCGUUUAUAUCCAAAGCUAAAACUAGUCUGUGGAUGCAAAGAAAUAUCAUAGCUGAAGUUUUGUAACUCUGCAUUUUAUUCAUCAUUGUGGAAUUCGGGAGUAAUGAUUGUGUAAUCCGUGAAACGGAAUCCAGGCAGAAAAACUGCGAAGGACUGGAUAGGCCAGUUGUUAUGACUUCUUGAACCUGCAGCUUUUCUUAAAAAAGCUGCGUUGGUCCACCUCUCCAGUUCAUCUCUUCUCAGCCCCCUUGCAACUUAACAAUAUUCUGCACUGCUGCACCACUCCAACAAACACUAGAACUUUUUUAUCCUGCAACCUCUAACUCUGAGGCUGGUUGCAAAAUCACUUCCCCCUAAGACGUUAGCUUCCCAUCAGCAGACAGUAGGAUUGUUCUGUCAGCCCUCAUUGCCCUCAAGCCCUUAGAAAAGAGAGAUAUCAGCCCAACAAUUCAUACCAGAGAAGAAAAAAGGCAGUGUGGGAAGGAUUCAUUUUAUUCCAGAGGCAAAUGUGAUAAGACAGAUGUGAAAAAAACACACACAUAAUCACAUCUGCACACACAACUGCACGCUUGUCAAAAACUUCAGAGGGUCUCAGGCACUGUCAAAGGCCACCGGCAACCCCAAGCGUCUCCCAUCUUGUCAGAGAUAGAUAAACACGCAUGCUUGUUCCAGCAAACUAAUUCUUUAAGACUAGAAAAAUGAACAUGCAAGCCGUCUUGGUGUUAGUUGGACAUGUUGAUCUGUCUCUUCCACUGCUCUACAAAGUUUUGAAGCACCAAGAAUUUUUAUGCCAAAAAAAGGGCCAGAGCAGCCCUAAUAUCCCAAAAGAUCAUUACAAAGUUCUUUUGCAGUUGCACAAAAACAUCAAGCAACUGUCAGCUGUAUAUCUGAUGUAUGAAUAAGGAUCGUGCAUGUCCUCUGAGAUUGUUAUUUUCAGCUCCAUGCAUUUACCAAGCUCAUCAACUCAUCCGUGGAGUCUUUCCUGUUGUAGGGAAGCAUUGAUGCACGCAGGACCAGUUUCUCCCAGCAUGGCUGUUCCCAAAUACAACCGUUUGAUUCAUGCGUCUGGAGCUGCUGCCUUGCAGCUUCCUUUACUUACUCUUAAUUUAACGCUUCGCCAUAACAAGAGAAGGACUGCCAGCACUUAAAAACAGCAUUGAUGUAAUCCUUAAUUUUGAUGCACACAGCUAACAAAAGGAAACGUGGCAUAACAUACCAGAAAUACACCAAUCAUAAUAAACAUCUACACAAUAUGUUUUCCUUUUUUUAUACAGAAGGUUAAGAGUCAUUAAAUUCAAUAAAGAAAAAACCACCAUAUUCAAUAUUUGUUUCAAAAUGUUCAACAAAUGGAUUAAUCUCUUAAAACAAACAAUACAUCGAAAAUACCCCAACUUUGAAAACAUAUAUUUUUAAAUGCAUGGAGAAACAUUGUUUUCUUAUAUAAAUGUUUAUUUUGUUUAAAACCUUCAAAUCUUUCACUUCACAUUUCUUUUUUUCUGGGGUCAACACAGUAGUUUAAAUGGCUAUUCUCACUUCAUAGUGAGUGGGCAGGGCCAACUGCAAGUAACCUUGCCUAUUUUUGGUUAGAAGUUGAUUCAUUUGGAACUGUGUGGUGUCUGAUACAACUUUUUCUUAUUUAAUGAUGUAAAAGAAUAACCCAAUAGUAUUGCCGGUUGUAGCAGCAGCAAUUAAAAAGAACUAACACCAAAAUCUUUUUGCAAAAACAAGAAAAACCGUGUUGUGCAUUAUUCAUAGACCAAACAUGCAGGCCGCAAAAUGCCACGUUUCCUCCUCAUUUCAACAUUCCAGGUAUAACUAAAAACUUACAUUUGAAUUUUUUAGAUUCAAUUCAUAAUUGAAAUAUACAUUAAUAGGGUAAGUCACUCUUAAGACAUGUGUAACCCUUUUUUUUUAACUUUCUAAUUUUGAUUAACAGUAGAGUCUAACUUGAAUAUUUGCUGUCGUAAAAACUCUUGAUUUUUAAUUAAUAUAAUGAAUAACAUUCGUCAUGUUUUCCUGGAUGUGCUGUAGAUCCAUAUUCUACAGGACAUAAUGACCAUCCCUGGGGCUCAUUCCUUCUUUUAGGACUAUUAUGUGAAUUAUUUAUCAAGAUCCCAUGACACGUUGUGCUUUAGGAGGAGAUGUGUGUGUGCACCACAUUAACUGUAGUUAGAAUGUGAUACCCCUCAUCAUAAACAUCACUAUAAGGCAGCAGUGCAACAGGCUGGACAUUACGUUAGCUCAACUGACAGCUAAACCUGGAAAUGAAACAAGGUUUGUCAAAAUAUGCAUUGUUUUGAUCAAAACUUGAGUUUUAGACAUGCUUCCAUAUUUCCUUUUUGUAAAAAGAAAAAAAAUGUAUAAGAAAAGUGAGAUACUUUUGGGUUGCACAGAGGUAUAGUGGUUAGCACCCUCACUUCCUGGUUAGAAUCCUGGCUGGGUCCUUUUUCUGUAGAGUUUGCAUGUUCUCCUCGCACAUACGUGGGUUUUCUCCAGGCUCUCCAGUUUCCUCCUACAGUCUAAAAACAUUUUUCAUGGUUUAAUUGGUGACUAAAUUGUCCCUAGGUGUGACUGUGAUUGUGUGGUCCUGCGAAAGACUGGAUAACAGUUCAGGGUUGGGUUGGCUCAAGCUGCCCAUGACCAGAAAAGUGAUUCAACGGGUUACAAAGAUGGGUGACAGGCAUCUUUGCCCUGAUAUGCAUAUAGCUGAAGUAAAGUGUUAUUAUUGUACAGUAAGAAAGUGCCGGAGCAAAAAACACAAACAAACUGACUCGACACAGAACCAGUUGGAAUUAUUAUUAUUAUUUGCACAGUGUAAAAGUUGCUGUGGUUACAGUAAACGGCCUUAAUGGUCAAAGAAGUAUGGUAUGGUCUCUUCUGUGCUUAAAACAGAGCAGGGCACCCUUACAAAUGUGCCACUCUUACGUCCACACACAUGCAGGUCUAGUACUGGAUGGUGCCUAGACCUGCAUGUGCCUAGAAGUAUGAAAGACUGUGAAAAAUCCCUGCAUGUAGCAGUCACAAAAGACAGCCAAUCACAGACAUGAACAUGAAAGUUGAUAUCUGUGACUGACUGGCUUCAAAAGUAAAUUAGUUUUGUUUGCAGGUAAUUUUUGAGUUUCAAGUGCAAAAUAAUUUUUUGAGCAGACAAAAUUUUGAAAGUUUUACGUUGAGUUUGGAAUAAUGGCAGAGAAAACAGUCCAUAGUUCAUUAGAUGCUGGAUUUUAGGCUGGUUCAAUCUCCAUUAGUAGCAAAGCCUUUUCCUUACCCAAAUUACCUGAGUCUUGUUUCCAGUUUAUCCCCCUGGUCAAACUUUUUACCCAUCACCUGUGCAAAAACAUGGGUGAAUGGUGGUUGUGCCUACACAAGGAGAUGAACAGUGUGAUCCUACCCGGAUCCAACCACAGCUUCACUUUUUCCUACUAUCUCAGCAAUCAGUUUUCAGAACACGCUUUCUCCUUCAAAUAUUUUCAAUCAAAAAAGAAGCCCCAUGACUCCAAAAGAGAUUCAACAGGUUAAGAAGAUGGAUGGUUGAAAAAAAAAGUAAGCAAAGGGGAUAAAAACCUCUCCAAGAACCUCUGGAGUUAGAUUUAUCAUGGAUUAUAAAAUAAUCUGAUCACAAAAGAGAUUGUUCUUAUUCUACUAACAGUGCAAAAUAAAAAACCUUGCUUCUGUAUUUACAAGCCUCUAAUCUGUAUUUGUGGACAUUAAAAGAAACUUAGACUGCAACUUUAGGUAGCAUUAAAGAGUCAAUCCACUAUUGUUAGUGCUUUUUUACCUUUCUUGCCUUGAGACAAGAUUUUUUGUUUUUCUCCCAAGCAAAUAGAUUUUUUUCUGACAAAUUCUUGAGGUCCUCUUGACAUUUCUCAGAGCAGAGGGAGUCAUUCAAUACUUUAAAUCUGGAUUUAGAAAAAAUGUAAAGAGUUGUUGCCAUGAUCAAAUUCCCAAAAAAUAUCCCUUUAUAUUAAUGUCUCUCUUUUGACAUGUGAUCGGUUUAUUGUUUAAUCUGGAUUAAAGGUUUGUGAAAACCUUAAAAAAUGUAUUAACUUUUAUUAGAAAUCCAAAUAGAUUUUUAAUCUGAUCGUACCUGAAUUCUGGUCUUUAAGGAAAAAUGCUUUGUAGCAUUUAAUAUGUUUCUGAUUGAAUUCCCCUUCAUUUGCUAUCAUGGGGUCAGCAGAUUUGCCGCAGUGCUUUAGCCCAACACAUCAGUGAGGGGAGCCGCGUCUAGCUUCCCCACUUUACCAAAGUCAUGAGUGAUUUAGCCCCAUUUUUCCAUCUCCAUUCUCCCUCUGUCAAUCCUUCUGUCCCUCAAGCUCGUUUAUUUUUAAUAUUUUUUGUAGACUUUCUUUCACCAGCUGAUCCCUCAGCCUCACAUUUAUGAAAGGGUGAGCUGUGGCCUCCAAGCAUUUACAUUUGUGACCCAAGACUCUAAGCUGUUAUAAACCAUGAAAGCCUCUGCAUGUCCUCCUAGUGUGCAAGUAAGAGCGUCUUAGGAGGGAGCUAUAAUUAAUGACAGAGUCAGGGAAAGCAAGGCAGUGGAUGGAUUUACUCUCUACUGCAUUCUUUACACACAAGCAUUUUUACAUUCCUGCAUGCGGACAGACACACAGACAGCCGCAUGUUUUUUUCCUGCACAUUUUUCAUAUCUGAUAGGGAUGAAUGAAAAUAUCGGCGUUAGCUUUAACAUGACUCUUUUUUUCUUCAUGCAAGUGGAAGAUGAUUUUCCAGGGAAAAGUCUGCAUCUUACUUUAAUGAAGAUGCGACAGAACCGAAUGGAGUAAAACUUUAACAAGUGUGAAUAAAUUAGGGAAUAUAAUGCUUGAUUGUCAUGCUGCACUGGCUUUUCCCCUCUCCAGAAUGUGGAUAAACCUGUCAGGUGGGGGUUUGGAGUGGGACUGGAGAGCUGGGACAUGCCCGGUAUGAAUAUGCAUCAGGCGCAUUUGUGCUUGUUGUUCCACUGCAUAGUUUUUAAAGCUGCAGCAGGGUUCUCCUCUUGUCGCAGUUGUUUUUUCUCACGCCUCCACUUUGGUAGGUCAUUUUGUAUUUUUUUGGGCCUCUAAAAUCCCCAUCAAGCAUUUUACAUGCUUUAAACAUGUUCUUGGGGAAAUUUUCUGAUGCUGGAGGACAUCAUCAAAGAACAUUUACAAUAAUUCUUUAUACAAAUCAAUGUGAAUCAGGAACAGAGGAAAAAAUGUCAUUGGAAAAAGAGCAUAUUUGUGACAUAGAAAACUAUCCUGCUGGGUAGCUCCGUUAUUAUUCCCAUUUUUGUUGCACCGGUAAUAUCAGGUUGGGGAUGUGAGGGGCUGUUAAUGGGCUGAUUAUGGGAAGUGUGUGUGUGUGUGUGGGAGGGGGGGGGGGAUUAUUUCGCUCCAAUAGUCCCGCCCACAACUCAGAGGUGAAUUUCUAAUGAACUCCUGCUGCUCUGCAGAAACUAUAUUCUAGAAAACGGCACAGGUCUUUUGACUCUGGCUAAAAACGGCAUAAUCAUAAUUAAAAGACCACUGAACGCAUUGAAAUAGAUUAAAAGAUGAUUGGAGUGGGAAUUUAAACCCUAUUAACAAAGUACAAGUAAGUAAACCAGCAAUAUGCUUCAGAAAAGCAAUAAACUUCAUUGGUUUCCCAGAGUUCAAGGGGGCUGAAACUGAUAAGAGAGGUUCUAAAGAGAGGGAAGACGAAGAAAAAAAAGACUGGGGUUUGCAUGGACACACUUGAUAUCACAAUGGCUGUUUUUCAUUCUGAUUUGUUCGUGUUAACCGAAUGCAUCCAUUCAGGGUUUUAUCUCUUUGAUAUAUUUGAACGUCCAGCUUUCAGGAGAGUGAUGCUGGAGAAAGGAGUCCCUCUGAUGGGAGCAGUUUCUCGCUGAAAGCUGGACUCUACUGUUCUCUUUUUCACAACUGCAGACCUCACAGGUUCUGAUGCAAGAACUAGCAUCAGAAACUGGGAUGACAUGGACCGAAUCAGCAUUGGGAUUUACAGUUAAGGAGAAAAAAUCAUCCGGAUAAACAAAGCUGAAGGGCCCUCUGGAUUUCUGAAGAUUUGAAGUGAGCACUCCAACAGAGAGACUUUUUUUCUGAGUUUGGGAGCCACGUUUAAAAGAAACACAUUGAGAGUUUUUAUUAUUUUCCCAUGUUUGAGAAGAACCAAGGGACUUGUUUUUCGAAGACUGAAGGAAACUGCAGGUGGAGUUGAUUUUAUUGGACUGAAAAACCUUUGCCGUCGUUUUGGACACUGAAAACGCUUGAACACAUGCACGAAUUUAGGACGUAAGAGUACCCAGAGGCAAAAGUUGUAGCCUGCAAAACCCCUGCUGUGUGGCCUCAAACAGGACCAAAAGCCUUGAAUCAGGAGAAAAUGAGUCCAUUCAACCGAUGCGUCAAAUCGCCACUUUAGAAUGGCUUUACUCAAUCUCUUAUGAUAACCAACAGACUAUGGCUCCGCCCAUUUUUUCUCAGAGUGAAUUGACUGUUUGAAAAAAAAAAAUCCACAAUGCAAGUAUUCUACCGAAGGUUAUCUGUAUGCAACCGGGUAGAUAUACUUGAGCUUUCACGAUCCUUAGCAAUAUAUAGAUCAUGGUAAAUGUAUUCUUUGUCUUCUGUCAGUUUUUGUACGGUGUUUUUCAAUGCUUGUCAAAAACAUUUACGAAAAAACAAAAAAAAUGCAGACUGAAAAUAAAAAAGUGCUUCCAGAUUUUUGACUCAUGGCUGCACAUCCUUCAACUCCAAAGAUCAUCGACGGUCUUUUAAAUUUCAUCAUAUAUAUGAGGCUUGUGAUCUUCCCACUUAACAUUUGUAUGCACUCACGUAUUUAUUGGUGAAAUUUAUUGCAUUGUAUUCCAGUAUUUGCCGACACGUUACCUGAAGACUGAGGAGGGACUGGAUGGUUUCCUGUACAGCUUUUGCACUUGCAAAAUAUUGAAAAAAAAAAUUCAUGUAUUGUUUCAUGAUAUUUUACAACAGGCGGCAAUAGGCUGCUUUGAAUUGCUAUGUCCUACUAUAUGUAUGCUAUACCAUUUGUCUGCUGUGAAAUUUGUUGACUCAGCUUAUAUAAGGGCUUUUUAUAGAUUAAAAAAAGCAGACUGGGGGAUCUGACUGCACUCAAAUUUCGCAACAGGUUUUCUUUUGUUUUGUAGGGUUGAAGGGUUCAGACUUAACUGCUGUGUAAUAAAGUUUUGACUGACUUGCUGAAAUGUCUAUAGGCACUCACAUCGCAUUGGCCCAUGUGUCCUGUUGGAAUAAAUCUUUCGAGAAAAUA